AGAAUCACAGGGGGGAUUAUACUCUCCAGCCGACACUAACCCGGACUCUCGCCCACUGUCAGCGCCAGGCGGGAAGCACCCUCCCCUUUAAAGGAUUUUCUGCCGACACUCCCAGAAUGCUGUGCAGGGCGGAGGCCGGCCUGGCGGGACUUGCCUCAGUGAUGGGCUUCCCUGGAAACGGGAGGCCGGAGGGUUCUUCCCUUCCCUCCCGUCACUGGCUGCCGUCGGGUCCCGCCGCGCUGCUCUUCGUCUUCGUGGCCUCUGUUUACCUGCAAACAUUGCACCGUGCGGUGCCGGGCGGCGACUCCGGUGAGUUGUUGACGGCUGCCUGUGAACUGGGGGUAGCACAUCCUCCUGGGUAUCCAUUGUUCACUCUUCUGGCAAGGCUAGCUAUGACCAUUCUCCCAGUGGGCUCUCCUGCUUUCAGAGUUAAUGUAUUGAAUGCAAUACUAGGGGCAGCUACAGCACCUUUGCUCUUUGAGACAGUUAGCAGACUGUCAGGAUCCAAUGCCGGAGGGAUUCUCUCUGCAGGUCUCUUUGCCUUUUCCAGACUGGGGUGGCAGUGGUCAGUUACAGCUGAGGUUUUCUCCUUGAACAAUUUCUUCAUCAGCCUCCUCAUGGUGUUAACUGUUAGAUUCAGCACAGCAACAACCGCAAGGGAAAGGUCAAAGAUUUCUCUACUGGGUGCAUUCUGCUGUGGCCUGAGUCUCUGUAAUCAGCACACAAUUAUUCUGUACGUGAUGUGUAUUGUUCCAUGGGUGUUGCUUCGAUUAUUCAGAGAAAAGGAGUUGUCCAUGUGUGCUGUCCAGUGGUUGGGCAUGAGUUUUGGAACUGGCCUGCUGCCUUACCUGUAUCUGCCCAUCUCAUCUUACCUCAAUCAGGCACGCUGGAGCUGGGGAGACCAAACCACCUUGAGAGGCUUCAGCACCCACCUGCUGCGGGAGGAGUAUGGCACCUUCAAUCUGGCCAAAUAUGAGGCGAGUUCAGGACUUCUGCAUGUCUGGAGUUACCAGAUGAUGCAAAUAAAGACUGAGCUGACAGCAUUUGGGGCGGCCUUGGCACUCGUGGCCAUUCCGCUACAGGGCCUUAAAAGGAGCUCCCCUCAGUCCUCGGUCUUGUGGCUUUUCACUGUGAUGCUGUGCUCCUACUCCUUGUUCUUCUCCUGGAGAGCUAACCUGGACAUUACCAAACCUCUCUUUAUCGGUGUGGUUGAAAGGUUCUGGCUACAGAGUAAUUUGGUGGUUUGUGUUCUGGCAGGCUGUGGUCUAGCUUCAGUCUGCCCUUUGCUGCAGAAAAUAAUGGGCAGUCACUCACUGUGGCACUGGGCAGAAUGGCUCCCACCCGUUCUCCUCAUUGUCUUCCAAAUCCACCUCAACUACAGGAUCUGUGACAAGAGUAACAAUGAUGUUGUCGAUAAGUUUGGCAGAAAUCUUUUGGGCAGCAUGCCUCCUGAUGCCAUCGUCCUGCUCCGUGGAGACCUCCCAGGAAACUCCCUGCGAUACCUUCACUACUGUGAGGGGCAGAGACCUGACCUCAGCCUGGUGGAUCAGGAGAUGAUGACUUACAACUGGUAUUUGCCAAAGUUGGCCAAACACCUACCCAAUGUGCAUUUCCCUGGCAAUCGCUGGCACCCUGUGGACAGGGAGGAAUCUGCUGGAAUUGUUACAUUCAACCUGCAUCGAUUAUUCAAUGAGAACAGAGAGAAGGAGAUCUUCGUGUGCAUUGGUCUGCAUGAAGGAGACCCCAGCUGGAAGCAAAGUUACUCCCUCUGGCCAUGGGGAGUGUGUGAAAAGCUGGUCCACUCCACCAGUCUGUUCAGCCCUGAGAGCUGGAUUCAGCAUACCAGGCAUUUGUACAACUGGACAGAGGAGUAUGGCAGCUACGACGAAUUUUCAUGGGAAGCUGUGGCAAAUGAAGAGAUGUGGCAAGCCAGAAUGAAGACACCUUUCUUCUUAUUUGAGUUGGCGGAGAGUCCAGCCCAGCCAGAAUCAUUAAAGUUGCAGCUAUAUACAUUUGCCUAUGAGAUGUAUCAGGAGUUGGUCACUGCAGAGAAGCAUCCUGCUAAUUGGCACAAAAACUAUGCAAUAGUCUGCGAGAGGAUGUUACGGCACUCUGCACGGGCUUUAACUGCUGCUGAUCCUGAGUUUCUCCUGUCAGAAACCAUCAAGCAUUUCUCACUCUAUGCAGGCAAAGCACCAGAUGACGCACAAAUAAACGCCAUUGUUCAGGUAACUGGGCACCUGAAGGAGGAGCAGGAGCGGCUAAGGAAACAGAACAGAGGGUGACAUUGCAAGACUGAAAUGUUUUAUUUCCCUUCAGUGAACAGCCAAGCAACCUCAGAAAUCAUUGACUGACCAAUAUUGUUUAGACUUGUUAAUCAAGGUCACUUGUUAAUAGUUCUAAUUUUCUUGCAUGUGGACAAGUGACACCAGGACGUUAACUAUGAAGAACGGAUCACCUCUGAUGAAAUUGCACAUAGUUUUAUACCGUAUUUCAAUAAUGGUUGUUCUUUUUAAUGGCAACUGAGAUAUUUGUUAAAAAAAUAAUAAUGCUGUUCUAUGUUCAUUUCAUAGAUCGCUGGGAGUUUAACUCCAGAUAUUUGACAUUGAUUUUUAUCCUGAUAACAUUGGUACUUUGAAACCAGGAUGACAGAAAAGAUGGUUCAGCUUUUGUUGGUACUUGACACAGAUAUUUUGGGAUUGCUUGCUUGGGCAAAGGCUCCUAAGUUCGAAUCCAGGUGGCUCCCUUGCAUGCUUUCCAUCCAUGCUGGGUUGAGCAUCGACCUAGGAACUCGACCUCGUAAAAAUAAGAAAGCCUGCUAAAAAAAAAACACUAUCACGACGGCGUCCCGAUGACUCCACUCAGAGUUAAGGGCUUUCUUCUUCUUGAACAGUAUAAUAAUGAAUGAAGAAUUAUAUAUAAGAAUAUUAAUAGAGGCUAAAGUAUCGAUAUGGAAUAGAAUAUGCGUAAAAACCAAGGGUAGGGUGGGGUGGGGGCAGGCUAACUAGAAUGGUUGAUCACAUUACCUGCUUCUGGGAAGAAACUUUUAAAGAUGAAGUUUGUUUUAGUAGACCUGCAGUGCUUUCUAGAAGAAACUAUUGGAAAAGUUUGCUGGGUGAGUCAUGUCCACAAUUAUUCUUCCUGUCCAUGUCCUCAUGUUAGACACAUACAAGUCCUGCAGUGAUGAUGGACUGCAGCCAAUGACCUUUUCUGCUGUCAUCAUUUGCUGUAGUUUUUGUGUAUUAUGAGAGGAUGCUACAUCACACUAGACAGUAAUGGCAGUGUAGAAUUGCACCAGUUUGUACUGGGAAAAGAUAGAAUUUUACCAACUGCUGCAAAGUAACAUUCAGUUGCUGUUGGAGCUGGCCAUGGAAGUCCUAAAUUUCUGAUCCUUAAUGAAGCCGAGGUAUCUAUGCAUCAUCAUUGGCACACUGGCCACCACAUGGACUUAGACAGAUUGAUGCCUUGAUCCAGUGGCAAGAAGUCAAGUCAGUAGGAGACCAGGCCCAGCUGCUUGAAAAGGAUGCCCACAUCCUAGUGGGUACACACGGGUGCUGGUAAACAUUUGUGCCAUGUCUAUCAUAUCCUCACAUACAUACUACACAAAAGCACACAUACAAAGUAAUGACUUGGAGCACAAACACAAAAGGGCUAAGCACACAUGCCCGUAUUGCUUCCUCAGGAGAUGUGUAGCAAAAAUAGUAAUUUUGAGCCAAUUUUUUGAAAUGCUUAAAUGUACGUUCUUGAAGUGUUUGAAGAUUUGCUUUUUCUGUCUUCUCUCUCCUUUACCUUCCUUGUACCCACUCUUCCCCUCGAUUUACUGCUCUAACCAUUGAAAAACAAGAUUCAUUACUGUGCUGAUGAGCAACUGGUGCACACAAGUCCUGGUGAUGCAACUACUGACACCAGGCAGACAAUCUUUUAAGAGUAUUAACAAUACCUGCAGACACCAGUCUUGUAAAGACACUGCCCAGAAGGCAAUGGCAAACCACUUCUGUAGAAAAAUUUGCCAAGUACAAUCAUGGUCAUAGACCAUGAUCACCCAUUUCAUAUAAUGAUGAUAAUUUUGCUCCUUCAAACUUUAUCAUCCAACUCACUCCAUCACGGGUGAUAUACUUCAAAGGAUAGAGGCAAGUGUAGAAAAUUAGUUGAUAUAAAACAUUAUUUGAAUUUCAGAUAAAUCACACACUGCAUUUAAGAUAAUAGAAAAGUCAGAGUCCCUGUUUGCAAUUUUCUAGUCCUCAGAUGUAUAAAUUGUGUCCUUGGAACGAAGGGCGGCUCCCUGUAGCUCCUCUUAGAAGGCAGAUAAAUCUUUCACCUAACGUCAUGAGCAGCUGUGCUUCAUCCCUGUUAUUUGAGGUGGAACUACUGUACAUUUAGUAAUACAUGGAUUAACCAGUGUCAACAUUUUUGUUAAAAAUGGUCAUGUCGACAGGUUAUUUUUAAGUGACUGGCUUGACGUACAAAUUGGGAUUGUAUAUAGAUUAAACAAUAUUGAUUUAAGGAGGUUGAUUUAGAGAUUAUCAAGUGUAUUGCACAUUCUACUUAAAAGUGUUUAAUGGCUUUUUAAGCAUUAGUCAGUUUUAGAGAACUAAAACAAUUGACAAUAUUAUAAUAGCUAUAAUCGCUCUAAAAUUGUACCUAUUCAUUCAUAAAAAGUGGGUGUUGCUGCUGAGCCCAGCAUGUGUAACCUACCACCUUACCAGAGUACCAUGUCAACGUCUGUCAAUUCUCCUGCUGUAGGUCUGGAGCCGGAGACCAGAGACCAGCAACCAGCAAGUUAGGUUUCCUUCUAUGAAGAUGUUUACUGAACAAGGUAUUUUUACAGUAAUCUGAGAGCUCCAUGGGUUGUUAUGGCUAAAACUUGAUUUCCCCAGCUGCCAUAAUGAAAUUUAAACUUGUGUCCAGAUCACUAGUCCAGGUCUCUGAAUAUUUGUCUAGUAAUUUGUGAGGAUGAAGAUCAAAAGUAAUUAGUAAUUAGCCGGGACAUCAGGUACAGUUCCCUGUAUUUUUGUUAAGAGCUUUUACCAUCACUUGGAUUACAUAGUCAUGUCUUCAGUGGGACUGGGCCCAAGUUUGAGAUAAAUUAUUGCAGUUUGUGGCCAUCUGGCAUUCUACAAGGGCUUGAUUGCAAAGAUUCAUUUAGAAAACGUAGUGGCAACUCUGGUUAGUGUUUGUUUACAUCUACAGAUAUGGACUGUAAACAGGCUAUUUUGUACACUUAAACGGUUAUAAAAAGAACAUACAGGAGCAACUGGAGGUUGAAUCCAAAACAUAUGUAGACAAAACCCCAAUUUUAAUAGAAAAGUUAACACUUCCAUAAACGUAAACACAAGAAAUUCUGCAGAUGCUGGAAAUCCAGAGCAGCACACACAAAAUGCUAGAGAUACUCAGGCAGCAUCCAUGGACAUGAAGUCGAUGUUUUGGGCUGGGACUUACUCAGGACUGGAAAGGAAGUGGGAAAAUGUCAGAAUAAAAAGGUGGGGGAGGGAAAGGUCAAGGGCUGGAGGAUUCUGACAGGAGUGGAGCAUGGACCAUGGAAGAAAGGAAAAGGGGAGGUGUUAGGUGGGUAGAGGCUGGAGUGAGAGAUAGAAGCGAGAAGGAAGGGAAUUUUUUAACAAAAGGAGAAAUCAAUACAGUAUUCAUGCCAUCAGGGUGGAGGCUACCCAGAUGUUGCUCCUUCACCCCAAGGAUGACCGCAGGACAUGGACCAACGUAUCAGAAUGGGAAUUGGAGUUAAAAUGUUGGGCCUUUGGGAAGUUCUGCUUUCAUAAAACAUGCUGUAAAAAUUUAACAGGUCAAGCCACAUCUGUAAAAAGUUAAAGUUUCAGGUUGAUAAUCUUAAACAUAAGAACUGGUAACGGUUAGAUAUCAAAGGUGCUUUAAAUGGCACUUAAAGGCAAGGCACACAGAGCCCAAAGAAAAUUAGUGAUAAAACGGAGAAUAAAUGACACUGGGGUUCGAGCGAAGGGUGGUAAAAGCUUGUUAUUUACCGCUUAUCUAUCUGAAUAGAACGGGGAGAAACUGAAGGAACUCAGAAAUAAUUUAUGUUAGACAUUAUUGACCUUUCAUCAGAUCUGAUAAAUACUGAUACAAACUGGAAAGGCUGUUAAUGUGGAAUUUAUUAUUAAGCCCGUGAUAUUGUUAUUCAUUGUACUGAUGCAACGCAAGAAGCUAAAGAUGGAUAUUAAAAUAAUUAAAGCGAUGGUUGCAGAAAUAAAGGCACGAGGUCCUGAACACAAUGCAGAUCCAUCCAUCACUGUUAAUACGCAGCUCAAAAACACAUUUUUAAGUAUUUCAGUAAAAAACUGCUCGACAACUCUCACGGAGACCCUCGCAUUAGGGUUAGGGAGGGAGCUAGCACCCGCGGCGGAGCCGGUCAGCGGGCACCGGGCCCCGGGCCAGUCUGCGGAUCAGAAUCGCCUCGAUACUCAGCGGCCGGGCACAGCCGCAGCCUCGUCUAUCUGAUCGGUUCAUCACAUCCGCCAACCCGGGGCUUGGCCGCCGCCCGCUCACCGCCGGAGCUCACACGCGGCUUCUCAUCACGUCGGCCCGGCGCCCGGGAUGCCGGCCGAUCAAAUAAGAUCAGUGUAGGGGGCGACGCGGUGUUAGCGCUCCACUCACUCAGUCUGUCUCCCACUCACUCUCACUCACUGACUCUUUCUCCCACUCACUCUCACUCACUGACUCUGUCCCCCACUCACUACCACACUCACACUCACCGCAUCGCCCUUCAAAUGGCCGCCUGC